CUUGUGAAUGCGACUUCGACGACGAAGCACCACAAAGCGAGGAGCACCGCACGUCCGACGCAAGCUCGACGGGAAUCACGAAUUAGCCACGCGCGCGUCAACAGACAGACCUUCAAGGGUUUGCGAAGUGCUUCAAAGUUCAGCGCGUGGACCGUGGAAAAGAGGUGCUCCGAAGAAUAAUCGCCGACUUACUCAGAGUUUAAUUGCACACACAAGCGCUCGGAUUGCAUGCAAACUUGCGAGCGGCGCGCUCGAGAUUCGGAGCUGCGACGCGCGCUGCCAAGCGCCCCCUAGACGCCCGCGCCUCGUAUUACAAACCGACGCUUGCGUGACGCCGACGCCGCCAACCCCACCCGAUGGACGCCAGUACGAUCGCAGCAAUGGACAAGGACGCAUUGAAGAAGCAAAUAGAGAACAUGAAGUAUCAGGCGUCAAUGGAAAGGUGGCCGCUGUCGAAGAGCAUCGCCGCAAUGCGCGAAUACGUGGAGGAAAACGAGAAGAACGAUCCGCUGAUCCACGCGCCGGACAAGAAGAACAAUCCGUGGGCCGAGAAAGGCAAAUGCGUGAUCAUGUAGAACUUCGUAACGAACCUACCCUCCCUAAUUACGUUUUUCGUUACCGUUUGGACCGUUCUGCUUGUGUUCUAUACGAUACGACGCGGGGGCGGCGGCGGCGGCGCCGGCCUGGAGCACCACGGCGGGCCGGUCGACGACGGCGUCUACCACCGUGUCGCCGAUGCCACCAUCACGCCACACCAUACCGAACUGUAAACCACCGCUAAGUAAUAAUCAGCUAUGCAACAACAACAACAACAACAACAUCAACAGCGACAACAGCAACUGCAACCACUUCUUCCCCCGUACACGACGAGGCAAACCUGGAACCGUAAAUGAAAUUGUUGACCCACUUACCAAGAAUCAAAUAAUGAACGGAAUCUUCAGAGGAACACGAGAGCGAGAAAUUGAUACAAAGUAAACACAAUUGUUAUGUAGUUUUUUAAACAAGAGUAAGUAAUACAAUGGUGGCGACGACGAGCAUUGAUAAUAAUAUUUAGAUCAUAAGUUUUCGUUCGCCUGGUUCACUCUCACACAUAACAACACACAUGAAUUUGUUUUUCGGUUCGAGUGCAGACACAGGACAAACGCGGCAAAAAAAAAAUAUAAAUGAAACCAAUAAUAGAACAAUCACUUUUUGAGACGAUUACAAUUUCGACACGCCCUUAUGAAGAAACGCAAAACUCCGCAAGCUCCGAUGAAUAUACACCCCCCCAGCAAUCUACGUCAAUCAUUCUAGCAGCUGCAUUUAACUGAUUAUUAAUUAAUUAGGCGAGUAAAGAGCAAGUACUUAAGCGUAAGUAAGCUAUAGUAAUCUUAGUCAAGGGUUUAAAGUGAAUGAUAACCACACACACACGCGUUACUAUACUAAAACUAAAAAAAACCAAAUGGAAAAACCAAAAAAUUACUUUAGAUGUAUUUAUACUCAUAGUUCGAUUUGAUCCCCGGAGAGCUUCCGAAUGUUCGUUCGAACGAGUGUUGCGAGUAAUGCGAUGCAGUUUAGUUGCGUUUGCGCCCGCUCGCGGCGCGGCCGAAACUAAAAUUUAGUCACUGAGUAAAAUCAUUUCGGUAUAUUCCUUAUAAGCGAUGCGUACUUUAAUUCGGUAUCUACUUUACCAACUCGGUUGAUUCGGUUCGUUUUUUCUCUUAGUCAAUUAACGAAGCGGAGGAUGAAGAUGAAAAUCGGCGAUAUGUGGCGUUGAGAAUCUCGAAUGUGAUGGCGAUUGUGGUGCGCACUGGUUGUAUGAUUUUGAUUGUGCGUUAUCAGUUCGACUCUUAGAUGGGGCGUUGUGAUGCGGCUGCAAUGCAAGCGUAAUCGGGACGGUGCGCGAUCGUCCGGCAGCAGGCGCCCUCUACACAAGUGAAAAAUGAGCAACUUCCACACACCAACAUCGUACCGGCGGCGCGUGCUGCUGGAACCGCAUAAUCCGGCGCGAUUUGCCUGUUAUCAGCAUGCCGCAUCACCGCGAGUCCUGCGGUACCCUUUCAGCACUCUUGCACCAACUUUACCACCACGCACUCGACAUACUGACAGUUUGACUUAAAAACUUAAAAACGAAUCUAGAUGAAUCCUGCGCGCAUGCGCACAAAUUAAAAACGAAAACAAAAAAAAAACGUGACAAGUUUAAACGUAAUGUCUGCGCGUUCGAUUGAUGCGCAUCAUUUACAUCCAUCGAACGCGUUGUGAUAAAUAAAUCGAAAUACUAAACACAAAAACGAGUAAAAAUUGAAGAAGAAACGAACCACGACUUGUGAUCGGGCGACCAUCUGCCGAUCGACAUACACGACAUAAAGACAAAUCUAAACAAAAAUUAAGAGAGAUAGAUGACUGUCAGUCGCACUUAUACUUAUUACUUACACGACACACAAUUAAGACUUUCACAAUUAUUGACUUGCGUCGACUUUCGACGAGGAGGACAUUCAAUGCGCGAACGCCACGCUCGAAUGAUCAUCAUCUUUCAUGCGGCAUCGAAAACAAAACGACGGAAAGGAAACUUGAAACUCAACAUUUAACUUGAUCUAGAAUUUAACGAAACGCUUUACUUUUUGUGCUAACUUCUCAUCGAACCGAAAGUCCUACGCUUCUCAUGCACUAAACAUAUUAAACUUAAAUACAUCGUCGAGGGCGAAGCUAAUAAACGUUACUGAAAAACGACUAAAAAACUAAAUGUAUCCUAUGUUAAGACGCGUAGAGCAAGUAUAAAUUAACAUUAAAGCAAAAACUAAAUAAAUAAAUACAAAAAUAUAAAACUAGCGUAUAAAAACGUACAACGUAAAGAAAACUAACUAAAUAUCUAAAUAACUAAAGCAAACUAAAUGUAGUUUAGUGCAUAUUAAAGGAAACACACGGACAACUCGGCAACUUUUCACAAGUUUACGUAGAAAGUGAAUGAAUUCGACGCUGAAAAGUCGCGAGUUGUUCACAUUAAUGGAGGAAUAUUUAUCCUUGUGUUCUCUCGUAUUGAUUUCCGCAACUUGCGCGAAAGUUUGCGAUCGUAAAUUAACACCAGUUGAUUAUCUCUAUGAAAACAAAACCAAGAAAUUUUCUCUGAAAACCUGAAAAAAUCGACGCAAAACAACGCUGAAGAAUUCCACCACCGAUAAUCAAUAUCUAAACAUUACUACUUACUCUAAUCUAAUCAAGUAACUUAUAAAUACUAAAUAUAUUGUUGGCAUAAUAAAAUUACCCACUAAAGAAGAACCUAUAAACCGCCCUCUAAUCAUUAAUUAGCGUUAAUUCUAGCGACGAGAGACGACGAGGAACCGUAACGAACAGACAACUACACGUAAUCAAACUUUUAAAUCCUAGGCAUGGAUCUUACUAAUAAAAAGUAAACGUAAACACUAUUAUUCCUAAAUUAAGCGAUUGCGGAUGCGACUACCCGAGAAACUAAAUUUAACACAAAAAAAAUUGUAACCGAAUCUUCGCUGUAGCCGCUAUCUAAAUAAUUAACGCAAACGCUGGGCUAGAUUGUUCUUAUUCUGCUCUCUGCUACAAAUUUUAAAGUUUUGUGCUGCUAAAGAAAGAUUUCAAUGCUGCGCAUUGUCCAACUCAUUCAUAAUUACAAUUACAAUGCGCCGCAUGCGAAUGCGAUACUCUUAAAUAAGUAAUGAAGUUGAUUAAACGAAGGUUUAGUUCUAGGAUUUUAGUAAGUUAUUUAAACAAAAGCGCCGACCGGCGAUAAAAUCUUACACGUUAACUUAUUAUUGUUAACACCAACGUGAAACUUAAACGAAUCCACCACUAAAGGAAGAAAUAAAAAAACAAAACGAGCGAUUUAUUGAUUUGUCAAAGACAGCGUGAUUGUGACGCGACCACACGGAUUGCCACGAGAUUUUCAGCGCUUCUUCGUCCGAGAUGCGAUAAUUACACAUUGAUUUAAAACAUUUUGAAACGAGCCGAAUUUUUGCACGAUUCCCAAGUGUGCGUUCUUUUUUUUUUUCGUUCGUUUUUAAUUCUGCGUCGAUUUCCGCUUCGCGUGCGCGAUUUAAUUGCUAAUUCAUCAAUAUAUUCCAUUAAUUAUAUCUUCAUAAUUGUAAUUUCAUAUAAUAAUCGAAGGUAAUUGGUUUCGUGCUGAUUUCAUCCGUUCGUUUAUGCAACUAUUACAUUAUAUUGUAAACCGAGAGGAAGUGAAGUAUUGUAUUGAACUGUAUUGGGUUAUUUACUCGUAUGAUAAUUAAUUAAAUAAAUGAUUAACUAAUAUAA